CUCUGCUACUCCGUACCUCCCACCAACCUCACGUCAGACAAUAGGUAUAUAAACUACGGCUCAACUCUGGCAUCAUUUUAAUGUCAACCGUCACAACCGACCCCAUCGCAACACCAUCUGGUGACGGCAACCUAAACACGACGCUCGUGCGUAGGUUAUUCCCGCCGGCGUCCAAGCUCAGGCACAGGGGAGCACCGUCUUGCCAUCACGACACCACGCACGCCAACGAGCAGCGCUCACAACCACAGCCCUACAAUACUCCUAGCCCCGCCACUAACAACACCAUCUCACAAACCAAACCAACGCCCACGCCAACCCCAACCCCAACCCCAACCCCACCGCCGCCGCAACCUGCGGCUUCUUCUCUAGGUACUUGCCCUUCUGCCCGAUCGAAUCCCGACCCGAUCCCUUCAUCCGUCCGUCGUGUGCACGGUGUCAAGUGUGCGUUACAAUACUAUCUAGGUAACUAUCUGGCCCCACGUACGGAUUACGGGUCCCACUCUCCUGUGGCUCGUUUAUCGGGUUAUAAAUAGCGCGUGGGGCUGCGUUUGCGUGUGCUUGGCAAUGGCGGCGUUGGGGGUGGUAUUGCCUUCCUGAGCACUUGCCGCGGACGAAAGCUCCUCCUCUACAGGAUACGAUGCCUAUGCCGUCAAAAAGAAUCCUUCCGAGGAGAUGUUCUACGUAGGCCUGCGAAGACACGAAUUCUGCCUGCCCGUUAGACCAUCGCCACGUCGUCUGUCUUGCAAUCAACCACCCACACACACACUCGUUGCCAUGGUGGUCUGGUCGGCAAAAGAAAAAGCAAAA